AUGGCAUUUUUUGUAUUGUGUGGCAUUCUUGUCUGCUGUUGUUCUUCUUACUGCUCGUCAACACCAAUUGUAUCACCUGUCAUUGACGCUGAACAAUUACCAGACGAUAUUUAUGAACUUAAGCACAAUGAAAAAGAUAUCGAUAACGUCCGAUUUCGAUUGAACCCAUACUCACAUUUGUCCGAGCAAGAAAUCUUGCCAUCCGAUGAUCAAUUAAUUCAACUUCUUAUUCAAUCAGCUUUAAAUCAAGAUUAUUAUACACAAAGCAAACAAAACAGCAAGCGUUACACACAGUCGUUUCAUGCUAUGCGUGGUUAA